CAAAUUUUUGCACAAAGUAUCAACUCACUUGAGCCACAAUUAACCCCCACAAUCAAAUCCCUGUGUCUCUCGCAUCUGUCGGUGUAUCGCGCAUCAUGGCUCCCAUUUCCAAACGACGAAAGCUUUCAGACCUAACUUCAGGAGAUACAAACGAAUUGCUGAAUAAGAUAGAGGAGUUUCGUUCCAACCUUGAUGAAGGAGACGAGGAUUUGCCUGAUGGUCUGAUCGAUAAGCUCCAAGAACUGCGCGACAAAUUGGAAAAUGCUAAGCACACUUCCUUCUCCAAGGUGGAUCCAAUAACGCUUGCUUCAUUGGAGAUAUCGUCUGGUCCACUUUUUCCGAUCAGCGACAAGAAACAAGAAAUCGAAGACCUUGGAUUGGCCGAAAUACCAGGGUGUCUUCUGAUUGAUACUACACGAUCUCUGAUAAGUUUAGUGCGCGGCCACGUCGCAACGGUGACGGAAGCUGGAUGUUGCAUCUUGAUCAGCAUACUCUUGUUGAGAGUUAUAUCGGCGUGUCCGGAUGUGAACAUAAUUCCAGGAUUCCCUAUCCCUAAAACGACAUUCAACCCAGAGUCUGGUAAAUGUUCAUUUAGUGGCGUUGUCGACUUCUUGGUGACUAAAAUCCCCACUCAGUACACCGCAUACCUCCUGAGCAAUCCGAGCAUAGCACUGGCGCGUCCCGGAAACAUCGAGGAACCAAUAAUGUCCAACAUCUUCGAAGCCAAGCGCGAUAAUAUUUGGGCCGGUCUAUCUCAAGCUACAGUUGCUGCUGCUUCGUAUUGUCAAUUGCAGGGCUUAUCUGUCAUCAGGGGUGUUAUCACAAGCGGAGAACAGUGGAUGUUCUUCGUGUACAAAAGGCACCCAGAUGGUACUGGGCGAGUCCUAUAUUCUCCCGAAUACACUCUGGGACCGAAUCUCGAACAUCUAGCCUUCGUUCUUGGCCUCUUGCGGGAUUCGAUUGUUAACGCAACUAGCUCCGACCUUGCAUUCUUCACUACCCCGCGACAGAUAUAGUCCCACAGCACGCUCUCCUUGAUAAGCUCCCUGUGGAGUAUUUGUAUUUGUAUUGUUGGAUGUUCAACAUCCUGUAUUCCUUUUCCUCGUUUGUCAUCACGGACUCCACUAUACUGCAUAAUCUUGUUGUGUCGCGUUAUACCAGGACCUAGAAUAGGUACUGGUACUGGUUUAACAAAAUUAAAUGUCUGUCCCCAUGAUCA